AUGAAGAAAGUCAUAGCAGCCAGAAGCCGAAAGCUUAAACAAGAUGGCUCUCGCGCAAAAGAAGAACAAGUUUUUGAUGAUGAACCUGUAUCAAUCAAAGCCUCAGGUAAGAAAGGUUCUUGUGCACAAGAUAAGUCCUUCAGUUUCUUCCUUUCAGACCCAGACGUCCUUGAUUGUCCCAUUUGCUUUAAUCCUCUCACCACUCCAGUCUAUCAGUGUGAAAACGGUCAUGUUGCUUGCUCUGCUUGCUGCUCGCGCAUUCUUGAGAAAAAGUGUGCCUCCUGCUUCUUGUCAAUAGGUUCCAUUCGUAGCAGAGCCUUGGAGAAAGUUCUGGAAUCUAUUAAAGUUCCAUGCGCUAAUGCCGAAUACGGUUGCACGGAAACACUUCGUUACAGUGACAAAUCUGGCCAUGAAUCCCAAUGCAACUUUGUCCCAUGCUCUUGUCCACACUCAGAUUGUAACUUCGUUUCAUCAUUCUCGGAUCUACCCGCCCACUAUAGAACUGAGCAUGGUUCCUCUGCUAGCGCCGGAGUGAGGUUUUCGUACGAUAAGCCCUUCAAAGUCACACUGGAUUCUGAUGAUGACGUCACUAUACUUCAAGAAGUGAAUGGUGAAAAGUUGUUCAUAGUCCAGAAUUUUGUGGCGGGUCUUGGAAAUGCUGUCAGUGUUUUCUGCAUUCAGCCAGAGUUAUUGCCUAACUAUCGGUUCCAAAUUUCAGCCAAGUCAAAUGGAUGCAGUCUGGAGAUGAAUUCUUUUACCAAAAACAUUCAAAACUCUGCUAUGGCCAGAUUGGCCACUAUUCUUUCAUCAAGGUUUCUGGUCAUUCCAACUGAUUAUUUUGGUGCCGGUCAACCUCGCAAUUUUGAAAUUUGUAUAUUUAGGUCAUAUGAGUAGAAGAUGUUUUCGUGCUACUCAGCCUUUUAUGUUUUUUGUUUGUUUAUUGCAUUGAGAAUGACGAUACUUUGAAUGGAGAUAUUAUAUGCAAUGUACAUUGUCUAAUCAAAUACUGAGAACUUAUAUAUAUGACUACACUAUUUGCAAAUUCAAAAAUACAAUUUGUAUUCUAAAAUCAAUCACUAAAAUUAGUCACUAAGGGCUCUGGCCUCUGAAUUGCACUUUCAUGGUAAACGACUAAACGCGUUAAGAGAAGUGAAGUAGCAAGAGCAAGAACAAGAACAAAGAGGAGUUCGUACAUCGCAGUGCCUCAUCCGUCUUUCCGAAAGCUGUUUGAUGAAAAGCCUCGGAAACAAGAUGGGUCAUUCCCGUCCCCGUUAGUAUUUUAGUUGGUCUGCUGCUGCAUUGCACUGUUAGUUGGUAACUGGAUUUACUUGUGCUUUUUGAGCUGCCCGGAGAUUCAUGUAAUUUUUAUUCGUUCUGAAUGUUCUCGGUG